GAGGGGUAGGUAGGACUGUAUAGAAGAGGGGUAGGUGGGACUGUAUAGAAGAGGGGUAGGUGGGACUGUAUAGAAGAGGGGUAGGUGGGACUGUAUAGAAGAGGGGUAGGUGGGACUGUAUAGAAGAGGGGUAGGUAGGACUGUAUAGAAGAGGGGUAGGUAGGACUGUAUAGAAGAGGGGUAGGUAGGACUGUAUAGAAGAGGGGUAGGUAGGACGGUAUAGAAGAGGGGUAGGUAGGACGGUAUAGAAGAGGGGUAGGUAGGACGGUAUAGAAGAGGGGUAGGAUGGUAUAGAAGAGGGGUAGGUAGGACGGUAUAGAAGAGGGGUAGGUGGGACUGUAUUGAAGAGGGGUAGGUAGGACAGUAUAGAAGAGGGGUAGGUAGAAUGGAAUAGGGUUGCAGAAUUCUGGUAACUUUUCCAAAAUGUCCAGCUUUUUCCAGAAAUCCCGGUUGGAAAAAUCCCUGGAAUCAGCAGGAAAUCUGAGAAUCUUCCUACUGAGAUUUCUGGAAAACCUGUCAAAUAAUUUAGCAGCAGUGUAGCAGCGACUGUUCCUCAUCCAACCAGCAGGGGGCAGUGACACUGGGAGACCAUUAGCAGAGGUGCAGUGCAGUAUACAUUCUGAAGUAUGCACUCGUCCAGAGCCCUAUGGGGCCUUGGUCAAAAAGUAGUGCACUAUAUAGGGAAUAGGGUGUCAUUUGGGACACAUUUUUCUUGGUUCUACUGCCUGUUGGCUAAGUACACAUAGGAAGAUAACACAGACGCAUUGGGAUUGAGAAUGAUAAUGAAGCCCUUAGUGUGUUCUCUAUGUCUAGGAGACGAGGGAGGGAAGGAGGGAUGGAGGGAAGGGGUCUGUCUCAAAGUGGCACACACGGACACACACACACACACACACACACACGAGUGCGCAAAGACGGGACAUGCAUCUUCUGUGUGUAGUCUGCUAGGCUACAGUAAGAGUGGUCUGGUAGGCUACAGUAAGAGUGGUCUGGUAGGCUACAGUAAGAGUGGUCUGGUAGGCUACAGUAAGAGUGGUCUGGUAGACUACAGUAAGAGUGGUCUGGUAGACUACAGUAAGAGUGGUCUGGUAGACUACAGUAAGAGUGGUCUGGUAGACUACAGUAAGAGUGGUCUGGUAGACUACAGUAAGAGUGGUCUGGUAGACUACAGUAAGAGUGGUCUGGUAGGCUACAGUAAGAGUGGUCUGGUAGGCUACAGUAAGAGUGGUCUGGUAGGCUACAGUAAGAGUGGUCUGGUAGGCUACAGUAAGAGUGGUCUGGUAGACUACAGUAAGAGUGGUCUGGUAGACUACAGUAAGAGUGGUCUGGUAGACUACAGUAAGAGUGGUCUGGUAGGCUACAGUAAGAGUGGUCUGGUAGACUACAGUAAGAGUGGUCUGGUAGACUACAGUAAGAGUGGUCUGGUAGACUACAGUAAGAGUGGUCUGGUAGGCUACAGUAAGAGUGGUCUGGUAGAUUACAGUAAGAGUGGUCUGGUAGACUACAGUAAGAGUGGUCUGGUAGACUACAGUAAGAGUGGUCUGGUAGACUACAGUAAGAGUGGUCUGGUAGGCUACAGUAAGAGUGGUCUGGUAGGCUACAGUAAGAGUGGUCUGGUAGACUACAGUAACAGUGGUCUGGUAGACUACAGUAAGAGUGGUCUGGUAGACUACAGUAAGAGUGGUCUGGUAGGCUACAGUAAGAGUGGUCUGGUAGACUACAGUAAGAGUGGUCUGGUAGGCUACAUACAGUAAGAGUGGUCUGGUAGACUACAGUAAGAGUGGUCUGGUAGACUACAGUAAGAGUGGUCUGGUAGACUACAGUAAGAGUGGUCUGGUAGACUACAGUAAGAGUGGUCUGGUAGACUACAGUAACAGUGGUCUGGUAGACUACAGUAAGAGUGGUCUGGUAGACUACAGUAAGAGUGGUCUGGUAGGCUACAGUAAGAGUGGUCUGGUAGGCUACAGUAAGAGUGGUCUGGUAGGCUACAGUAAGAGUGGUCUGGUAGACUACAGUAACAGUGGUCUGGUAGACUACAGUAACAGUGGUCUGGUAGACUACAGUAAGAGUGGUCUGGUAGGCUACAGUAAGAGUGGUCUGGUAGGCUACAGUAAGAGUGGUCUGGUAGGCUACAGUAAGAGUGGUCUGGUAGGCUACAGUAAGAGUGGUCUGGUAGGCUACAGUAAGAGUGGUCUGGUAGGCUACAGUAAGAGUGCUGCUGAAGAGAGAAAAGCUACUAAUCAUAUUUCCUGUGUUUUUGUGUGUGUACCAUGCAGUGUUUGUUGACAAUGUGACGACUUCACUGCUCAGUGAUGUAAUAAAGUGUUCAAAUAAACAACUUUAAAAUACUUUAUAUUACAUGUCAAUAAACAACAUUAUUGAUUAGACUGUUAAGUUAGCCUGGACAUACACAAACUGUACACAUGCAUACUGUACACACAUGCACACACACACUCAGACAUACACACACACACACACACACACACACGCAUGCAUGCAUGCAUACACUCGUGGCGGCUCAAAUGAUAUGAUUUGCUGCUACCGGUUUCGUUGAUCAAAUGCAUUAUCUAAUCAAAUGUUCUUCGUUUUCCCUUUCCAUCGUGGACAGAUAUGAGACAGACGGUCUCCAAAGACAAGUCAUUAUCCAAGUGUCUUUCUAUUUCUCUAUCUUUCUAUCUUUCUUUCUAUCUUUCUCUCGAUUCU